AAAGAUGCAGGAGACUGGCCCUCGAGGACUGGAGUUAGACAAAUACUUUUAAACACAAUUUGAACCAUCAAUCUGAGUGUCGUUGCUGUUUUCGCCCUCCAGUCCAGUAGGUGGCGGUUGUUUGCCUGUAACGUCAACGAGGAAAAGCAGAAUAAGAACACUUCCGGUGAAGAAAUUAGCAAAGUUAGCUUAAUGUUUUUUAAUGUACGAGGUUUGAGAAUCUGCAGUAACAAUGUCCCCGGGCCAGUCACUGAGAGAGUUUAUCAGCAAGCGGCUAUCUACUGCUGCGGAAGAAAUAUUAUCAGAGUUUGUAAAAACCAUCGUCCGCUACGAGGAAGAGAUCGAUCGUCACCGCAGACUGUUGGAUAUCAGCUGGAAACCACAGAUCAGCUUACACAGAAUAGAACUCCCACUGCCAGCGCCUUAUGUCAGGAAAGAUGAAGAUGCUCUAACUCACCAGCUCUGGAACCAGGAGACAUCCUCCAGUUUGAACCAGAAAUGUCCAGAAUCUUUACUGAUUAAAGCAGAGCAGGAUGAGGCAGAUCCAUUACAGAUUCUAGAACAAGAGGAGCUCUGCAUCAGUCGGGAUGAAGAGCAGUUUGUGCUGAAGCAGGAAACGGCUACCCCCCUCGUGACUCCUACUGAUGAGGAAAGAAACCACAGCGAACCAGAACCAAACAGAAACCAGCUCCUUUUCUUAACGUUUCCUGGGGCUGAGAUCCAACAACAGAAAGAAAACAGAAAUGAAAAGGUGGAGCAAAGUCAGGGAAGUCCACAAACCAGAGAUCACAGAGAAGAUGUAGACCGUUCAGAACUACAGAGGCGCAGAAAAACUCACUCAGACAUGUAGAAAAGUACAAAGAGAAACAACAACCAGAGUGGAAGCAACAACAACGUAGCCACGUUUCACCUAAUGAAAUUAUAGAAAUGACUAAUAAAAUGUGUGAAAAUCGGCCAUACAUAUUCCUCCCACCUCUCCCAGUCUAACAAAUACAUCCGUCUUUAGGUUAUGUUUUCCAUCUCAAACGUUUUCCUGGUCGCCUCAUAACAUUCCUCAGUAGUCGGUUCACUUUGGACCAUCUAUUAUUUUGUGUGGGCAUCUGGUUAGGAUGCCUCCUGGACGCCUCCCCAGGAAGGUGUUUCAGGCAAGUCCUGCCGGUGUCGGUACAAGAUCUGCUCGGAUGCAAGAUCGGCUCGGGGUCCUUCGACUGCCGAUGACGUCAAAGUACGGCAAACCCACUUGGACAAAAUACACUACACAUCUAUACUGUUGGAAAGAAUUUAGCAAUUUCGUUGUUAAAAUAAUGUUUCUUACGAUGUAAGUUUGUGUUUAUAACGGUAUUUGUAAAAUAAAACACUAUAUUUUAUUCAUAAUGUUGAACUCCUCUUUGAGCACAUCCCUUGAAGGAUCAUAGGUAUUAGCAACACCUUUGAAAUUGUAUUUGCAGGAAAGAAGUGUGUCCCGUUUAUUGAAGUAUUUUGUGUUUAGAGUUUUUGACGUCUUGUUCAUGCGUAGUUCAGUUACGCUCAUAGCUGCUAGCCAAAACUCAGGAGUUAUUUCUGGCUUUACUAAAAUACCUGUCUGUACUUAUUUGAUUGAUGGUAGUUUUACUUUCUAUUAGACUCCAAAUGUAAUCAUUUGGCACGUUUCUAAUUCAUAAUUUGUAAUAAUGUAAUCUGUGAAAUUAGCAUUAGCAUUCCUAUGGGUUUUUCCACGUAUAUUAGCAUUGCGCUAACCACUCGCUGCCAAAUUGCAGCCUUUGCGAUUAGAAAAUCUCCUUUUGUCACAUCGCAAUUUAAUUGCACAUGAAAUUAAUCGUUCAGCCCUAAUAUACAUGCAGCUCUAUGCUAAAAGUGUAUUUUCAAAGAGGUAAUGAUGGAUUUCUUUGUAAAAGUCGUCCAUCUUUCCAACAGAAAAUGUGCCUGGACCAACGUAACGUGAUAACAACGUAACGUGAUUACGUAAUUCCGUAAGGUUCAUGUUCAGCCAAUCAACUACUUUGACGUCAUCGGCAGUCGACGGACCCCGAGCCGAUCUUGCACCCGAGCAGAUCCUGUACCAACACCGGCAGGAGGCCCCCUGGUCGUCCUAGGACACAUUGGAGAAAGUACAUCUCCGAACUGGUCCAGGAACGCCCUAAGGUCCUGCCGGAGGAGCUAGUGGAGGUGGCCGGGGAGAGGACGGUCCGGAACUCUAGUUAGGAUGCUGCCCCUGCGACCCGGACCGGUGUCCAAUAACUUAUCCACCACCAGACGACGUGACUUGUCUGCCUCUGAGUGACCUACUCAUAAGCCACGCACAUUAUAAGAUCCAACAUUUAUGUUCACAUAUUUCAGUUAAUUUUGCCUUCUGCCGGCACUAGGCUGAACUUCUGCCGUGCUAGCUGAGGCUACCGGGGCAGCGGGCUGCAGCGGCAGUUCACCCUCCGCACCAGACGUCUUAUUAAGACGUCGCCUGCUUGGCUCAAAGAAUCGGCGGGCAUAUGUCCCUGCUGGUCAAAGUUGUGGAUCAUACAUGUCGGAAACUUCGCCACACUCAGCACUGACCUGGAACGAACCAAAUCUGCCACUGCUGGAGUUGAUCUUCUGGCAGGUGACACGCCUCCUCGUCUCUCUGACAGGUAGGAUGCUAAAGUGUCUGCUUCCAGCGUGGGGGAGAUUCGAGUGGCGAAAACACUCACCAAUUUAGUUCUAAUCACUGGGAUGUUGUCUACUAUGGUUCCAGCUAUCCCAAUGUUUUUCUGCUGCUCCUUGGAUGUGCAGCCAUCCCUCCUCCUUCCCGCUGUGCGCCACGCUUUUGAGUCGCUCCUCUUUUCUCAGCGUUACUCCAGGAGGGGGACUGUGGCAAUUCACCCUCACCUCCUCCUCCUGGCUCGGUUGCUUGUCCCGCUGUAAGGUUCUCCUCACCACGAAACCGUACCGGUACCUCCAAAUCCUCCGGCUGCUUCGGUGGGUUGUGGGUGCCCUCCAGAAUUCUCAGCCUGUGAUCCACAACCGCCACGCCUGCACCGAGAUUAUCGCCCGCUUUUACCUGAGACUCCACCGCCGCCCUCAGGCACGCCAGCUCCCCGUUCAGCUUUUCCAUCCGGCUGAGUAGAGCCGACGCAUCCAAGUACCCGAACCCCACAGGAGGAAGCUCAUCCAAAUAAUGAGAGAUGAACCUGGGAAUGUUUUCACCACACUUGUUCAGCACUUUCAGACAAUCUUUGAUGUUGAGUCUUUUUGUUGGCCUUUAUGCCUGAUGUGACGCACAGAGGAACUACAUAGUUCAAACAGCAAGCGUUUGGAUUCUUCAACCCACUCCGACGAGAAAUUGUUUGAGACUAAAAACACAAAUUCAUCCUGGGAGAGAGUUCUCAUUUUGACAUCAAUAAAAUUUAGAAGUUCGUCGUCCACAAUUGUUUUUCCAUCUGCUGUCUUAUAUAUAAGGAUCUCGGAUUUUCCUUGAGAACCAGCAACUCCACCAGCUCCUCUGACACGCACAGCCACACCCGACGGCGACGCCAUGUCACCAAUCCAAAAAAAAAAAAAAAAACAUGAUAAUGACUGGUACUAAAAGCAAGUGAGACACGAGUUGACCAACACUUUCUUCCCUUUUAUAGGAUUUUGCUUCAGUUUUAGACUUUGGUGUUUCAGCACCAAUAUGCUACGGUUUGUUUCUGGCUUCUUGUUUAGCUUAGAAAGUGUUUUAGACAAUGUUCUCCAAAAAUGAACACCAGUCUGAGGCAAUAGUAAAAAUGAAUUCGAUGUCUAGUGACUGAACUGCUCCUAGGUUGUUCAUCCUCCUAAAUACAACUGGAUUAUCCUUUUGAGACUGAGGCAUUGUGGGUAGUUUGGCUGGGAGAAUGUUUGAGACGAGCCAGUUCUGCAUAGAUUAGAUUAACUGGUACCCAGUAUGGCCGUGUUUCGUCGGUUCUUUCGGGCCUUUAUUGGCUUCCAGUCAGGUACAGAAUUUAUUUAAAAGUUGUGUAACUUGUUUUUAAAUGCCAAAAUGGUCUUGCCCCACAAUAUUUGUCUGAGUUGUUGACUUCUCGUUGACUUCGGUUGGCUGAUCGUGGACUACUCGUGCCCCUGACAAAACGUAAGGGCAGAGCAGACCGAGCCUUGUGGGUGAUUGGUUCCAGGUUAUGGAACGCUCUGCCUAUAGAAGUAAAACAGGCAACUCGCCUGAAGAUUCACCUUUUUUUUAGCCUUCUAUUGAGUUGGUUGGUUUUUUACUGCGAUUUUUACAGGAUUGCUGCAAACUGUGUUAUUUCUCUCUUUUUUGUAUGUUGUUAUUGUACAGCACUGUGGUACACAUUGUUGUUUUUUAUUGGUGCUUUAUCAAUAAAUUGGAUUGGCUCUCACCUGAUGUAAGAUCUGAUUGGUUCCCAUUCUGAUCCAAACAUCCUGUGGUAGAAUGUGAAAUGUUAGUUGACAACUAUAUAGGCCAUAAAGAGAAAUGUGAUUUUUUUUCUUUUGUUUCCCAUAAGCACACUAAAAAUCUACAGCUGAUAACCUUUACUUAUUAUUACAGUCAUAUCGUCAUAUGCACGUCUACAAUAUAUGAUAUCCACAAGCAUGUGAGGAUGUGUUUCAGUGGCUAACAGGCACCAGAAUUUUACACUAUUAUGAACACUAACGCGAUACGUUCAGCCGUUGUCACUCGCAAGCUACAUAUAGGGAAAUCUGUCCGACUUAAACGCCAGCUUUUAGCCACUCCCCCUGUGGGGUCCGUCUGCUCUCAUCUCUUUUCCAAGCCUCAUCUCGAACAAGGCCAAUAACUCUGUUACCUAAACGUUUCCCAACAAUAACCAGACUCCUUGCAUGAGAUUUAUAAACAAAGUGGGACUCUUGUCUGUGACACCAAGCAGCUCAGCUAGCUCAGAGGGUGUUCUCUGCAGAGGCGUUAUGAUCCAAUCCUUUACAAGGGAACCAGAACUGGAUUGGAUAAAGUUUACCAGGACUGAACGUUUCAUUUAUUAUUUAUUUAGACUUAACAUUUAAUUUAUUGGUUGCUAUUGGUAUGUGAAGAGCAUUUCAAGCAAUAUUGCAAAAAUAUUUCCAGGAAACACCUCAUACUUCACCUUUAAUCAAUGUUU